CAACGCUGUCUGCCUGUGUGCCUGUCUGUCUUGGUGGCUGCCCCGAGUCCUGAGCUGUCAUGGCGGUCGGCCAGUUCCUGGCACGGCUGCGGCCAGCAAAGCCCAACGCAAGCCCAUCCAUUUCCGUUCUGGCCAUGUCGAUGCAUGUCCAUGUCCAUGUCCAUGCCGAUGGAUGUCCAUGUCCAUGUCCAUGUCAUGUUCAUGUCCAUGUCAUGUCCAUGUCCAUGUCCAUCUGGCCAUUCAGCUGCGCAUCGCCACUCGGCCAUGUCGAGUUGCGCGUCCAAGUGCAAGCUGGGUGGUGCCCUGUUCUGGGGAGUGAUUGUGUGCUUGGCUGCGCCUGUGGUUGGUGCGGCUUCUGUGGCCGGUGCUGAUGUGUCCAAGUCCAAGGGCAGGCGAUGGGCCGAAACGCAAAGCCGACAGCCCCGAAUUGGGCCAAUGACGCGGAUGUGCUUUUCCAAUCGGAUCAAAUGGCCGCCACGGGUUCGCGCUGGCGGCCAGUCGCUAUGGCAGGGCUGCCGCGAAUUGGCGAGCCAUGUGAGCACCUCGCCCGCACCACUUGCGCCGCUCAAACACACGUGGCCAAGGUGCCGUCCCUUGGAGCGCGAAACCGAUGUCGCGCCAGCCUCAAGUGCAAAUGCCCAAUGUUUCAGCGGACACGGAAACCGAAGGAACAGAAAUUGCCCGAUGAACAGGCUGCACCGCGUUUCGCAGCCCGUGACUUUCAGUUUGCCGCCACGUCGCCUGGGGUCUCAACUGCCAUCAGGGGGUUUUAAUCGCGUCACCUAUGUGAGGCAUGCGGAGUCGAGUCGAGACGUGGUGCCUUUUCGAGUCCAACAGUUGGGCCGGCAGGGCGAACCUGUAGUGUCUCAGCCCAGCCCGGUUGGGGAUGGGAUGGGAUUGACCUCUGAGGUCCCAGGCGGUGAGCACUAAAAAAGUCGCCUGGCACCGCUGCAGUUGGAGUUGGGCACUCUUCCAGCGUCCGGCCAUACAAGUCACAAAUUGGCCCAGCGCGCCAACCGCGCUCGAUAAUAUCUCUUGGCGCUCUCUGCUGGUCGACUUCAUCCAAUGGCAAUGGGGGGGCCAAAAAGGCGAUGGAGGAGAUUUUUUUGGUUGUGC